AUGUCCAUUGUGGAAAAUUCUGCUAAUGUGGCUCAACAACGUAAGAGGAGACGGAUUCCAAAAUCAUGUGAAGCUUGUAGAGUGAAGAAAUUGAAAUGUGAUCGUGUUAGACCAAGAUGUUCAAGUUGUAUAAUUAGACAAAUAACAGAUUGUCAUUAUGAAGAAGAUCGUUUAGGUAAGAAAGUUAAAACAACAACAACAACAAAUAGCGAUAUUUCUGAAUGUGCAAUUUCCAAUAUAACAACAACAACAACAACAACAACAACAACAACUUCUGGAGAGAAAGCAGUAUCCAAUGAAAACUUAUUGGGAGCGAAUGUAAACCCUUUUGCGAAUGUGAUUUAUGUACAUAGAUGUCUUCCGAAAGGGAGAGUGAUGGUACAAGGUCCCACUUCAUUGAAAUCAUUUGUAGCAAAUAUUCAUCCUCCAUUUACAGAGAAAUUCGAACAAUUGUGGAGGAAAACAGAACCUGAAAGAUUGUUAUGGCAGGAUGAAAAUAAGGAAAUAAAUGGACAAACAAAUCCUUUAAAAAACACAAAUGGACCGUUGUUAGGUUCCGAGACAAGUCUCCUAGAGUUAUGUUCUAGGUUACCUGAGUAUCAUGUUCUUUUACAAAAUAUGACUCAAUUCUUCUCAGGAAGCCCAUUAUAUGAUAUAAGUACAAUCUUAUCGAAGAAGGAUACAAUGGAAAUAUUUUAUACUUCUUUUAUUCCCGAUGGGACAGUAUGGAAAUUCCAAGAUAGAUUGGUUAAAAAAAUUGGAAUGCCUGUAGGGGUACAUCAUUAUCAACUAGGUGUUGUGUUAAUGAUUAAUAGAUUGGUUCAUUGUAAAGAAAAUAUCGAUCCUAUGGUGGAAGUUUUUUUAAACAAUUUGGAACAUCAAAGCCAAAUGAAUGGAUCGUUCAUGGUGCAAUGUCAAUUCUUAUUAUUACGCUGGUAUCAUAGAAAACUUUAUUUCACUAAGAUUGAUGAUGUCAAGCUAUUAAACCUUGUGAGUCGUAUAGUAGAUACCUCAAUGAAUUUAGGUUUACAACUUGACAUUGAAAAGAUUUACUCAGGGGAUAAAAAUUUACAAGUGUUUAAAAAUAUGUGGUAUUGGAUCCAAUUUGCAGAUUUAAGUAUAUCAUUCCAAUUUGGUAGACCACUGAAGAUUAGUGCAGUAGUUUAUAAGAAUUUCCCAUAUAAUAAUAAUGAAGAAUCCAGUUUCAUUAAAAAAUUGCAUAGAUUCUUGAUGACAGUUAGAGAACCUUAUGAUUCAAUUUAUGAUCAAUCAGUAAAUCCGAAUCUUCUUUCUGCUUGCGAACAAUUAACUCAGUUCCUAACCAUUGAAUUUCCGAAUAUUUCCAAAUAUUUUGAAGACCCUUUCGAUUGGAAAAUUGCCAUUAGUGAAUUAAGAAUUUUAACAUUAACUCUUGGUAUUCUAAUUGCCAUGUACGGUCUUCGAUUUAAGAUGAUAGGAGAAAGAACACUUAAAUUGAAAAAUGAUUUUACUCAAGUGACAUUGGUAUCAUUUAAAUUAAUAACAGACAUGUUAGAAUAUUGCUGGCGUUAUGAUAAUGAAUUUUUCCCAACUUUGGUAACUUCAUCUAAUUCGUUAACACCAUUUUUGACCUCUGCAAUUUCCUUAUCUGAAGGGUUAUUCCAAAGAGCGCAUAUGAAUUUUAUGAGUUUAAUAUAUUACAAGAUUACAUUGUUUAAAGAUGGUCACUUCAGACUAUACGAUCUUCAAUCAAUUGAUUGGGAUUUGUCCACAUUAGAGACACGUAAUGAUAAAAGUAUCACUAUACAUACAGCAUUCGAAUUAUACACGGAGAUAUUUUCUCGUUGGCGUAAACCGGCUGCUAUAAAUAUGAAAAGUGUAUUAAAGAGAUCCUACCCUUAUUUCUUGAUGAUUCUUUUGGAAAAGAUCGGCAGAAUGAUCGUUGAUAAAGUUAUUCAAUUUAGACAAAAAUCUGAAGAAAAUGUUAGAGGCACUGUAGAUCCGAACGGAUCAAAUGUACACCUUGAAAAGGCAGAUAGUGACGAUGUAAAUAAUGGGUCUACAGAUGGUGUCUCAAAGGAGAAUGCUGAUGGAGAAGAAGUUCCAUAUGAUGAGACUGCAUUACUUGAGGCCCAAUUGAAUAAUCAAAUAUCCGACGAGUUUUGGGGAAGUUUUAAUGAUUAUUGGGAAGAACUUCUUAAGAAUGACUGCAACCAGACACAGGAUUAUAUAUAG